UAUAAUAUUAAAGUAAACAAUCUCAUCGCAAUUAACAGAUUUUGUUCAUCUCCGACUUGUGUUUCUCUAGCUUUUCACUUCACACGUGUUGAUCGAAAACAGCAUUCUUCAAACUAAUUAAGGAUGAGUCAUAGCAAUGAUCAAAAUUGCCAGCCUCAAGGUUGGAAUUCUAGUUUAGCAUAUGAGCCGAAGGACAUUGCACCGGGUCCUAAUUAUCAAGCUCCGCCACCUCCACCUGCUAUUAUUACUCACGAGGAGAAGGUUCCUCCAAACGGAGAAACUAAAUUCAAGGGUGACGGAUUCUGGAGAGGAUGUUGCGCUGGAAUGUGUUGCUACUGUUGUUUGGACAUUUGCUUCUGAGAUUUCAGGAAUACUGUGAAUAUAUAGUAUUGGUGUGUACUGAUCCUGAUCUACUACAUGUUACAUAGAUUGGGUGAAAGAAAGGUAUAAUGUAAUUUUUUUAUCAUUAAGUAUAAUGUGUUAGAGUAUAAAUUUGAGGUCAAAUUUUAUGUAUCGUGUAAGAAUAAAAAGUUUUUAAGUGUUAUAUAAGUAAAAAUAAGAUUCAUAGACCCAACCGAUAAUAACCCUUAUAAAUAUCCAAUAAUAACCCUUAGAUAUCCUAGUUCAGUUAGUCAUUACCACCCUGGUUCAUUUAGUCAUUACCACCGAUAUGGUUUAGUAUCUUGUGCUUUAGUAUCUUGUAGCGUUUAUAAUGUAAUUAGUUAGCUAAUAAGAUAGUUCUGCAUCUCUUUUUUAGUUUAUAUGUAAAAAGUAUGUUUGAGUGUGUACUGAUAUUAUAUAAUAUAUAAGGUUUGGAUAUCUA